AUGGAAAGCCUUGAAGAAAACAGAGUCAACAGCAGCAACCAGAUCUCCUUUCUCCAGAUCUCCAUUUAUGAUGAUCUCCCGUCUUGGUUUUUCUGGCUUUAUGUUGUUAUACAUACAGUCAACCUCCUCCUGUGUUUCCCCUCCAACGCCUUCAUCCUUUGGCUGAUGGUGACCAGAGCAGGACGAGUGAACGCCUCAGAGUUCUUCUCUCUCAACCUCACCGUGUCCGAGCUGCUUUAUGGUUUGUCCAAUAUCUGCGCUUUCAUCUCCGUGUUUUACAAUGUGGUCAGUGUCGCUGUGGCCUCUGCAUUCUUCAGCGUUUUUCUCUUCAUGGGCCGGCCCCUCUUCCAGACUUGUAUCUGUGUGGAGCGCUACAUCGCUGUGGUCCACCCUGUGCUCUUCCUCCAGCUCAAGACCCUGAAGUACAGGGUGGUCUGCUGUGCAGCCGUCUGGCUGCUGGUGCUCGGAGCCUGUAUUAUGCAAGUGUUAACGCUCAACAACCUGAUUCUGGCCCAGCGUUGUUACAUCGGUGUUUACCUGCUGCUGUUUUCAGUGAAGCUGUUCUGCUGCCUGUCAGUUCUCAGGGCUCUGAGGAAGCCCGGGCCGGGGACAGGGGGGAGGGACAAGGAGGGGAGCGAUAAGGUCAAGAUGAAGUCCUUUAAGGUCCUUCUGAUUAUCACCGUGUCCACAGUCCUGACCUACCUUCCUUUUAUCAUAACAUUUACACUUUAUGGUUUCAUAUCUCAGGAGGGGGUUUUUGCUUCCUUUGGCACUUGUGCAUUUUUUGCUGUGAUGACUGGGUUUGUCCACCCAUUCCUGUACCUCCACAGGAUGGGGAAGCUGCCCUGCAUUCCAUGUUGA